AUGGGUGCUGCGCUGUCGGAGGGGGCGGAGCAGGCGAUGGGAUGGUCCGAACAGCUGGACGCGCUGACGCAUACGCGCCUGGACGCGGUGGUGUUCGGCGGCGUGCUGGGGCUGGUAGCUGCGGCGCUGUUGCAGUGGGUGGUGUGGCCCUACGUUCUGGGGUGGCCUGCACACGAGGGCAGCGGCGGCAAGAGGCGGGGCUGGACCGCCCCGCAGUUCAUCACCGCGAGUGCCAUCCUCGGGGCGUGGUUCGCCGGGGCACUGGGCACGCUGGGCAUCGGUCUCUUCGUGUGGGGCCUCGCCAUGUGGGCCUUCAACCGCUCCGCCCGGCUAGGCAACACGGGCUGGGACCGCCCAUGA